CCUAUUUCCCGCUUCAUCUUCCCUCGCGUGACCCGUACACACUCCACGCGACUUUUCACCUGAAACGGAAAGAUUCCGAAAAUCCACCGCACUCACCGCUCCCCGGCCAUCGUCUUCGCCGGCGACGGCGGCGUAAGAACUCUUCGCUCUUCAAAACGUUCUAGGUUUUCACUUGGUCUCAUCAGUUUUUAGCUUUUAAAUAGUUUUACGAUGAGUGCUGAGAUAAGACCAGUAAUCACCUCGCUUGUGAGAACCACACGGAAUUCAGAAUCGGUAUACGAAUCGAAGCCAGAAGUUAUUUCGCAAGCUUCAACUAUACCGGAGCUGAUUUCUUAUCUAAAAUCGGCUUUUCGGGAGAGGGAUUUCUCUCUGGUUGAAAAAAUUUUAAUGGGCCGAGAAAAACAGCUGAGGACAGAAAUUCAAAAUAUUAAGAGGGAUUUUUAUUUAGCAGAGAAGGCCCAUGCUUUAGUUGAACUGGAUAAGUUAAAUAUGGAGGAUCAAAUGAAUAAUUUUCAGAGUAAAUGUGAGGUACUGAAAAAAGAAAAAGCUGAAGCUGAGGAAAAAUAUAAAGAGUUGGCUGAUAGAAUUUCAAUCCUGGAAGAGGAGAUUGCGAAAAAACGUGAUGAGGAUGUCUCGGUGAUCCAAAAAAUGGCAGAAGAUUGGGAAGCGGCGAAGGAGGAGGUUGUAGAGGAAGGUAGUGGUAAUACGGACUUUGUUUCAGCAAAAACAAAUAUGGAUAAUUGUCCUGAUGCCCAGGCAUUUCAUCCCAUGCCUUCUGCUUGUGGUUCUGCCCGGGUAAAUAGCAAUCUUUCCAACUUAGGAAAGAAGAGAUGUCGUUCAGAAGAAGCAGACCCUCUCCCUGCCAUCUUGGCUUGUGAGAAUAGAGCACCUAUUGUAGAUCUAUCAGCAUGUGAAGCAGGAGACUCCAUCAAGAAUAACUUGGAUACAGUACCUGUCAGGGCUGGGUCAUCAAUUGUUCUCAUUAGUGACAGUGAUGAUGAGAAGGCAAUGGCAUGUGUUUCAAACAGUGAUGGUGUCGGUAGGAAUUUAACAUUUCGUAAGCGUAUAAAAGAAGAGGUUAUAGAGGAAUUAUCUACUUCAUUGUCCAAGAGGAAAAAAAGUUUAAUUGAGAGCGACAAGGGUGAUGAUAAUGGAAUGUUGUCCUUUGCUCAUGGCAGUUCCCAUAAAACGGGGUUCAUAAGACUCUGUGAUGACAAAAACGAAAGGAAGUUUUAUUCUCAACUUUCUUCCAAGUCUGAUCUGUACAAGCUUAAUGGGAUUAUUGAUAGUUCGUCGGAUUCAGACAAUGAUUUGAGUGACAAAAGCAUGGAAAUUCUAAUCAAAAGUAUUAAAGGUAAAACGUUUUUCUCGGAAGAUUGUUUAAGAUCAUCCUUUGAGAAGGAUGCUGAACUCUGCAUGAAGGCGAUAUGCGCACUUUAUAGGCAGCAGAUUUCUCCAAACAUCUCUUCCAAGAGCCUCUCUUUUACCAAGAGUCAGGGUUUGAGUCAAUCUGAUAAAAUCAGCAUAACUGCUUUGGGUGAAUAUCUGAUCGAUGGGGAUCCACAACAUAAACUCAGAAAAGCCGUGGUGGAAGUACGUCCAAAGGAUCAUGCAGAAUGUAAAAGAUUAGCAACUAAGUACUGUCACCAACUAUAUCAGAUAUACCUUAGCAAGGAGGAUCAUCUGUUUCGCCCUUGAGCUAUAUUCUAGUUUACCAGAAAAGCUAUCUCCCUUUUUGCUACACAAAUGCUGUUUCUGACAUAACUUUACUAUGGACUUAUAUAUUUUGAUCACUCCCAGUCCCAACUAUUGCUGCACAAGAUGGACGCUUUUGCUGUUUGUGGCAGUUUUUACUAGCAGGUAGAAACCAAGAUAUGUCAAUCUGAUUUAUUUUUUGUGACUUUUGGUGUGCAUAGCUGAUUAUGGAUAGUUAACAACUGGUAUAUACUAUAGGUUUCAUGGUCAUAGAUGAUUCUAGAGAUGUAAAAAGUUAGGGGGUGGUGUUUCUGCCAGUUUGUGUAUUUUGUAUAUCCAUGAUGAAAACUCGUUCUCUUUUGUAUGUAAACAAUUCUUAUAUUGCGCUUUUGGCCUUGACUCCUCUUGAUACAAUGUCCAAGGAGCUGGCUUUGAUUUA